AUGGAAUGCACCGUAUCAUUUCCUACUAGUAUGCAUUUUGUUCCAUUGGGAACAACUUUGUGCAGAAACCAGAGAAUUACUUUAGCAGCACAUUCAUCGAAUUCAGAUAGAAGAAGAGAAAGACCGACAAAGAACUUACGAUAUCCGCGUCGCGAGAAGCAACCUCCGGAGUUUGGUGUUAAUUUAUUCUUGAAGAAGCCUAGCUUUCCCAACAAUGAUCAAACUCACGUUGAUAAGGAUUUCAAUGUAGAAGAGAGUUAUGAGGAGGAAUGGAAUACUGACGUGGUUUGGGAAUCGGAUGAAAUUGAUGCUAUAUCGUCGCUUUUUCAAGGUAGAAUCCCGCAAAAACCUGGAAAAUUGGAUCGGGAGAGACCUCUUCCUCUUCCAUCUCCUCACAAGCUUCGACCAUUGGGACUACCUACGCCGAAAAGACUACCAGCGAUGGUUUCUUCUCGCAUUUCUAUGGAUAAGAAAUUAUAUAAAAGCCCGAGUUUUCUAGUUGGCUUGGCGAGAGAGAUUAGCAGGCUUAAUCCAGAUGAAGAUGUGUCUAUAAUUCUUGGAAAAUGGGUGCAUAUUCUGAGGAAGGGUUCUCUAUCAAUGACAAUAAAGGAAUUGGGCCAUAUGGGGCUCCCUAGUAGAGCUCUACAGACGUUUUGUUGGGCACAGAAUCAACCUCAUCUCUUCCCGGAUGAUUGGAUUCUGGCCUCGACGAUUGAGGUCUUGGCAGGGAACCAUGAGUUGAAGAGUCUAUUGAACUUGAACAAGUUUACUGGUUUGGCGAGUCGCAGGGUGUUAGAGGCGUUGAUUAAGGGUUUUUUAAAAGGGGGAAACCUUAGACAUGCUUGGAAGGUAUUGGCAAUUGCUAGAAGGGAUAAAAGAAUGUUGGAUUCCAGCAUUUAUGCGAAAUUGAUAUUGGAACUUGGAAAGAACCCUGAUAGAUACAAACAUAUUGAGCCGUUGUUAGAAGAACUCGGAGCACGAGAUGAACUGAAUUUAACAGCACAAGAUUGUACUGCUAUAAUGAAAGUCUGUGCUAAGAUGGGAAAGUUUGAAGUUGUUGAGAGCUUGUUUAGUUGGUUCACACAGUCUGGUUGUCAACCAAGUGUGGUUAUGUACACAACUGUUAUUCGUAGCCGCCAUGCUGAAAAUAACCACAGAGAUGCAUUGGAUUUAGUUUGGGAAAUGGAGGCUUCGAAUUGCCUCUUUGACCUCCCAGCUUAUCGUGCGGUAAUAAAGCUGUUUGUUGCUUUGGAUGACCUAUCUCGUGCUGCGAGAUAUUUUUCAAAACUUAAAGAAGCAGGAUUUUCUCCCACUUAUGAUUUAUACAAGGACAUGCAUGAAAUUUACAGGGCCUCCGGGAGGAUUGCAAAGUGCAGAGAGAUAUGUAAGGAGGCCGAGAUAGCAGGUUUCACUCUACAUAAACAUCUAGUGUCAUAUGAUUCAUGA